UUCCUGCCUGGAGCCCAGCUCAGACUGGCAGCAGCAAGCAGACACUGAUCAUUUCAUAGAAACUUCUAGUGUCUUGUGUUCAUGAUCAGCAGUUGCUCCAGGACUGUGGUGUUUAUCAGAGCCGCUGAACUUUGUCAUGUCUCUGUGGCGCACACAGCGGAGGUGCACGGCUGGACUCUGCUGCCUCCUGCUCGCUCUCUGCUCCUGGAGCUCAGCGUUUAACCUGGACACAACAACAAUCCUCAUCAAGGAGGGUGAGGAGGGAAGCUUCUUCGGCUUCUCUUUGGCUUUACACCAGCAGCUCACACCUGAACCUCACAGCUGGAUAUUGGUUGGGGCUCCUCAGUCCCGGGGCACAGGAACUUUGUGGAGCAGCCGUCCCGGUGCACUGUAUCGCUGUCCGGUUACCCCGGAGAAGUGUGAACGAGUGGACAUCGAUGGGCAUGUGAAUCUGGAACGAGAGAGCAAAGACAACCAGUGGUUGGGUGUCACAGUCAAAAGUCAAGGAAUUGGUGGAAAAGUAGUGACAUGCGCUCACCUCUAUGAGCUCAGACAACACGUCAACCAAACCUUUGAGACUCGUGACCCGAUCGGACGCUGUUAUGUGCUGAGUGAAGAUUUGACCGAGAGAGAUGAUCUGGAUGGAGGAGAGUGGAAGUUUUGUGAAGGUCGUUCUCAAGGACAUGAGCAGUUUGGAUUCUGCCAGCAGGGCCUGUCAGCUAGUUUCACACCUGACAAAAACUACAUCCUCUUUGGGGCUCCGGGGACCUACAACUGGAAAGGGCUGUUAUUUAUGGCCAAUCCCGUUGAGGAUGCUCUGGUCUACAAAACACUGGAACCAUCCAAAAGCUCAUUUGAGGACGUCGCUCAGAACAGUUACCUGGGUUUCUCUGUGGAUUCAGCCAGAGGUAUUAUGAGUAAAUCUGAGCUGACGUUUGUUGCUGGAGCUCCUCGAGCCAAACACACAGGAGCCGUGGUUCUGCUACGGAAGGACAAUGUCUACCGGCUGAUGCCUGAUCACAUUCUGUGGGGUGAGGAACUGGCCUCCUCCUUCGGUUAUUCUGUGGCCGUAGCUGAUCUGAACAGUGAUGGUUGGACAGAUCUUGUAGUGGGAGCUCCGAAUUUCUUUGACCGAAAGGCAGAGAUUGGAGGUGCUGUGUAUGUGUACCUGAACCCAGCCAGCCACUGGGAAAAGGCACGACCGAUCCGGCUCAAUGGAACAUACGACUCUAUGUUUGGGAUGACUGUCAGUAGUGCUGGAGAUCUGGACCAGGAUGGUUAUGAAGACAUUGCUGUUGGAGCCCCAUUUGAUGGAGAUGGGAAAGUUUUUAUUUACCGUGGCUCUUCAUCUGGCAUUGAUACCAAACCCUCUCAGGUUCUGGAUGGGCUUAAUGCAGGAGUCAAGCAGCUGGGCUAUUCCAUAUCUGGAGGGCUAGAUGUUGAUGGGAAUUUUUAUCCAGAUCUAGCUAUUGGCUCUCUCAGCGAUCAGGUUGUGCUUUAUAGGUCAUGUCCAGUGGUCCACGUGAUCCGAGACAUUUCCAUUGAGCCUCAGUAUAUUGAUCUGACACAGCACAGCUGCCAGGGCCAAGAUGGUGUUUGUGUGGAUGUGAAGGCCUGCUACACGUACACUGCUUAUCCAGACUCCUACUCACCACAUAUCACACUUGGUGUACAUUUUGAGGCAGACAUAGAGCGCAGGAAGUUGAGUCUUCCUCACAGAGUUCAGUUCCUGGGCCGCAGUUUAUCAGAGCCAGAGUACGUUCAUUCUGUGGAAGUGGAGCUACAUGGACAAAAACAUCCUGACUGCCAAACAGUGACUUUUGUUGUACAGGAAAACAUUCAGGACAAGCUGCGGCCCGUCUCUCUGGCUAUCACACACACUAUACGGAGAAGCAGGCAUCACCACCAAAUGGGGCAUAAACACCAUAACCAGCUGAGCCCUGUACUAAGCCUCAGUCCCUCAAACACACUCUACUCUGAGGUCAAUUUUGUCAGAGAAGGGUGUGGUGAGGAUAAAAUAUGCCAGAGCAACCUUCAACUCUCCUAUCAGUUUGGCACAAAAGCACCCAUUUCAAAUGCCUUUAUUCCUCUGCCACGAGACGAGUCUGAUGUGCCAGUGUUCUCUCUGUCGGAUCAGAGGUCAGUAGUGCUGGAGGUCACGGUGACUAACAUGCCAUCUGACCCGGAAAACCCACAGGAAGAUGGAGAUGAUGCCCAUGCCACCCAGCUACUGGUGUCUCUGCCCAACACGCUUUCAUACUCUGGACUCAUGGGGCAGCAGGUAUUGUGUGAAGUUAAUCAGAACGGCUCUCAGGCGCUGUGUGAACUGGGCAAUCCGCUGAAAAGAGAAGCGACGGUCAAAUUUUAUCUUGUUCUGAGCACUUCUGGGAUCACUAUAGAAACAACGUCACUGUCCGUUCAUCUUGCACUGUCUACGAUAAGUGAGCAGCCUGCUUUGGUCCCCGUCACGGCGUAUGCGCGAAUGGUGAUCGAGCUUCCUCUGGUGCUUAGCGGACUGGCUCGCCCCCAUCAGCUGUUCUUCAGCGGAGCAGUGAGGGGAGAGAGCGCUAUGACAUCACUGCAGGACGUUGGCAGCGCAGUGGACUACGAAUUCAUUGUGUCUAAUACUGGGCAGUCUCUCCAAACUUUUGGCUCGGCCUCUCUGAACAUCCUGUGGCCGUACGAGCUGAUCAAUAGGAAGUGGCUGUUGUAUCCGAGUGCUCUGCAGGUGGACGGCCAGCCUCACACUCACUGUGAACCCCAGUCAGCGCUCAACCCUCUGCGCCUGGACCUCGACCAGCCGCCGCAGACCGAAAACCUUAAGGGCAGCAGAAAGGUGCGCUCGCAUCUGGACACCAAAGAAGACCUUAUUCCCAAAAGCCCAGUAGGAAAAAUCACUCCAGCUGUUUCUGCAUCUGAGAGAAGGAAGUCUCUCACACUGGAUUGUUUACUAGGCUCUGCACGCUGUCUGCUCUUCCAGUGUCCUCUACUCUCAUUCUCCAGCUCGAUCCAUUUCAGGAUCCGAGCGCACAUGUGGAACAGCACUUUCAUUGAGGAGUUUCCAUCUGUCAGUGCUGUGGAGCUGCUGGUCAGAGCCAAUAUCACCAUAAAAUCCAACAUUAGACACCUGGUGCUGAAGGACGCUGCUACACAGGUGUCAGUGAUGAUUUACCCAGAGCACGGGCUCUCAGACCAGCACAGCAUCCCAUGGUGGAUCAUUCUCAUUGCUGUCCUGGCUGGAAUUAUUGUUCUCGCGCUGCUCGUGUGUUUACUGUGGAAGUGUGGUUUCUUCCAAAGGGUUCGGUAUAAAGAUAAAGUGCCCCAGUAUAAGGCUGUGAAGAUCCUGCGGCAAGAGAAACAGUUUCAGGACAAGACUUUUAUUUUGCACAAAAAACAAUGGGCUACCCACUGGAGUGAUGGGACAAUCUAAUCUAAUAUGCAUCCUUUUGUCCUCAGCAACAUGUACGCUAACCAGAGAAUGCAGUGGACUCGCACUGACCUUAAACAUACACAGCAACAGAUUUUUAUUCAGCAUUUUAUAAGUUGCAUUUUUCAUUGCUCUGCAGAUUGAAAGAAACUUUCAGAAGGACAGCUGGAUCUAGCUGGAGAUAGACCGUAUAUAAAUGGAAA